AUAUAUAUGUAUUGUCUACCACUGUUCAAUGAAAAACAGAGAAACAGAAACGAAGAAAUGGCUAUUUCAUCCAAUUGCUGCCUCAAUCUAUUCCCUCCAACUAGAAGUACUUCAAGACCAACCCGAGAUGCAUGCCCUCAAAAGGAAAGAUCAUGGAAAAGCCAAUGCAUUUUAGGGUUAACAUGUGUAAUAAUUGGACAAGAAAUGAGCAAUUUGGAAGGAUUAGGUGCCAUGGCCGCAGAGGAGAAGCAAUUAGCUGUGGAGUCUAAAAUCAAAGUUCAAAGAUGGAGUGAUUUAGGAAUGUGCCAGCCAUGGCGUCGAAAUUCGUUUGAGAUGAUUGUGCCAGAGAAUCUCCCGCGGCCAUCGGCACGACGACGAUGGGAGACGGUUGAUUUUUCUAAAACUGCACCGACUUUGCAAGUUGUUACAAAAAAAUCUGUUACUAAAAGUUGUUUUUCGUUAUAAAUUUAUGUACUCUCUCAAUAAAACAUAGACUUCAUAACCCUAUCAAUAAAGAGUCGUGUGGGUCGAGUUGAGUUGA